CGCGCGCACCUCACGCCCUCCCCUUUGUGUCACCAUGGCGGCGGCGGCGAGGAUUACGAACGAGGACUCGAAAGCCGCCAGGGUCUGAGGAGGCUACCGCGACCAUGGUGGUGAGGGGCCCUCGAGGCCAUCAGUCUGUCUGUCCGCGUGCCCGUCUGUCCGCGCGGCCCCGCCCUGCGCGCCCCGCCCCCGGCCCCGCCCGAGCCCGCGGCCCGCCCGCUGCCCCUCACCCUCCUUCGUGGUCUCCUAUGGUCCCCACCUCGGUCCGGUCCUGGGUCGCAGCCCGGGCCUCGACCCCGCCCCCUCAGUGCGCAUCUCCUCCCCCCCAGUUCCGAGUCCUGCAAAAGGGGGUGACAGUGGUGGAGGACCCCGGACUUGAGAAAAGAGGGGGCUGGUUCAGUCCCGUGAACUGCACCCUCUCCCCACCCCGAAGGCGCCUGCUGAGGUUUCCUGGAAACCAGCCCCCAUCCCGGCGCCCUCCUCAGCAUCCUCAUCCCCCAGCCACCCUCCCGACCACCACCUCCCGCUCCCAACAGCCCCUUGCUCGUUCCAGAGCCCCACCCCCAUCCCACUCCAUCCCCUGCCUGACCCUUUUCUUCUCCUUUUCCUUCUUGUUCAGCCCACUCCAUCCGCUCUCAAUCCUCCCACAGACAUCGAUCUGAACCUUUAUCUCAUCCUCUCCCGCCUUCCUCUACCCUAGAGGCCAACACCGUGCCUCCGUUCCACUUGAGCCUUGGGGGUUUCUCCAUCUUCUUGUCUUCAUCUCCCCUCCUCCAUGUCUCCCUUUCCCACCAUACUGCUCCCGUUCAUUCAUCCAUUCAUUCCCUCACUCCACAGACAUUCACUGAGACCUCCUCUGUGCAGGCCCCAUGCUCCAGGCACAGAAACAGUCAGAUCACAUCCUGCCUUGGGGAACUUCAUGGGCUGGCAGGGGACAGACUCUGAGGGUGAGACCCAGGGAUGAACUCGGGGUUGCAGGGACAUGGAGGAGGGAAAAGCCCAGUCUAGCAAAUCCCUGAAUCCCCAUCUGGCAGCUGGUUUAAUUUAUUUAUCAGAUGUUGCCCCGUCUAUGCACAUGGUAUAUCAGGGACCCAGAGAGCAAUAUACAGUUCCAACUCUGCCCAACUCUUUCGGGCCCGCUGGGGGUCCCAGCCUGGGGCCCUGCUUCAGGGGAGGUCGGAGUCCAAUGGGAAAGAUGAGUUUCUCGCCAGAGGCGUUUAAGAACGAGAUGGAUAAGCUUAGGUAUAGCUGUGCAGCCUGGGAUGGAGGAAGCCCAGGGGAUGGAGACAAAGGUGUGUAACAGCCUAAACGGACAGAGAGGGCUUUCUGGAGCAACACACAUGAGGUGAGACCUGAAGAAGGAAGAGGAGAGAACCUGGUGACUGGGUGGGUGAAGUAGGUUCCAGUCUGAGGAACAGCCUUUCAAAGGCAUAGAAGGAAAAUGAGAAGGUGGCACUUGUGUUCUGAAAAGUCAGAGUUCUGAGAAUGGGGGGUAGAGGCAAACAGCACCCAGCUCAAGGAAGCUUGACUGCCAGACCUGAGAAUUCCGACUUCAUCUAGAAUGCAUGAGAAUCAUUGGAGCGGAAUCUAGGAAAACAGUCACGCUUGUACUUAGUGAAAGCCAGCCUGGCAGGAGGGGAGAGGUUGGGAGCAGAUUACUGAGAUGUGGACUGUGAAGUCCAGACAGUGGCAAGUGACUGUACCCUGCAGUGGCUACAGAAGAGUCUUGAACACGCACAGACAGGACCAGCAUGCUUUCGCUUCUGUUACCUGCUCACCCCUGGUCCCUGCACCUCCAGCCUUCAUCCCAGACCACACACGAAGAAGCAGGCUCGCUACAGCCCAGCACUCAUCUGUUGACCUACCCUUUUGCCCCUGCUGCCGGACAAUGUGUAGAGCCUCCAAGGCUCAAGGCCCAGGCUGGCAGAUAACAAAGCUCCCAUUGUCCUGCUCCCAUCUCUGGGGGCCUCUGAUUCUUCUUUCUGCUUUACAGGCCCGUAGCACUGACAGUCUGGAUGGCCCAGGGGAGGGCUCAGUGCAGCCUGUACCCCCUUCAGGGGGGGCUGGUGCAAAGGGGAAGCCCGGGAAGAGGCUCUCAGCUCCUCGAGGUCCCUUCCCCCGGCUGGCUGACUGUGCCCACUUCCACUAUGAGAAUGUUGAUUUUGGCCACAUUCAGCUCCUGCUGUCUCCAGAGCGUGAAGGCCCCAGCCUCUCUGGAGAAAAUGAGCUGGUGUUUGGAGUACAGGUGACCUGUCAGGGUCGCUCCUGGCCAGUUCUCCGGAGCUAUGAUGAUUUCCGUUCCCUGGAUGCCCAUCUCCACCGGUGCAUAUUUGACCGGAGAUUUUCCUGUCUCCCAGAGCUCCCUCCACCCCCAGAGGGUGCCAGGGCUGCCCAGAUGCUGGUACCAUUGCUGCUGCAGUACCUGGAGACCCUGUCAGGACUGGUGGACAGUAACCUCAACUGUGGGCCUGUGCUCACUUGGAUGGAGCUGGACAACCAUGGCCGGCGCCUACUCCUCAGUGAAGAGGCCUCUCUCAACAUUCCUGCUGUGGCUGCCGCCCACGUGGUCAAGCGGUACACUGCCCAGGCACCAGAUGAGCUGUCCUUUGAGGUGGGAGACAUUGUCUCAGUGAUCGACAUGCCACCUACAGAGGAUCGGAGCUGGUGGCGGGGCAAACGGGGUUUUCAGGUUGGUUUCUUCCCCAGUGAGUGUGUGGAGCUCUUCACAGAGAGGCCAGGCCCUGGCCUAAAGGCAGACGCUGACAGUCCCCUGUGUGGCAUCCCAGCUCCUCAGGGUAUCUCUUCUUUGACCUCAGCUGUGCCUCGGCCACGUGGGAAGCUGGCAGGGCUCCUCCGCACCUUCAUGCGCUCUCGACCCUCCCGCCAGCGGCUGCGCCAACGGGGAAUCCUGCGGCAGAGGGUAUUCGGUUGUGAUCUUGGAGAGCACCUCAGCAACUCAGGCCAGGAUGUGCCCCAAGUGUUGCGAUGCUGCUCCGAGUUCAUUGAGGCCCAUGGUGUGGUGGAUGGAAUCUACCGGCUCUCAGGCGUGUCCUCCAACAUCCAGAGGCUUCGGCAUGAGUUUGAUAGCGAGAGGAUCCCCGAGCUGUCUGGCCCUGCCUUCCUACAAGAUAUCCACAGUGUGUCCUCCCUGUGCAAGCUCUACUUCCGGGAGCUGCCCAACCCCUUGCUCACUUACCAGCUCUAUGGGAAGUUCAGCGAGGCCAUGUCAGUGCCUGGAGAGGAAGAACGCCUGGUGCGAGUACACGAUGUCAUCCAGCAGCUGCCCCCUCCACACUACAGGACCCUAGAGUACCUGCUGAGGCACCUGGCCCGAAUGGCAAGACACAGUGCUAACACCAGCAUGCAUGCCCGCAACCUGGCCAUUGUUUGGGCACCCAACCUGCUACGGUCUAUGGAGCUGGAGUCAGUGGGGCUGGGCGGGGCAGCAGCCUUCCGUGAGGUCCGGGUGCAGUCGGUGGUGGUGGAAUUCCUGCUCACCCACGUGGAGGUCCUGUUCAGUGAUACCUUCACCUCUGCUGGCCUGGACCCUGCAGCUCCUACGCCCAGGAUCCCCACUUCUUGGCCAGGACGCCGUUCUUCCUUCACCCCUUAUAGCUCCGGGGGGCCCUUGGGGCCUUGGGUCCACCUGGGAGGAGGUGGGAGGUCCCCAGACUUGACCCCACCCUGGCCCUGCCCAGACUCCCUGCCCUGCCCCGGACCCCAGCCCAGUCAGGAUUCUGCUCGUCGGAGGGCCCUCUGGCCCGAGGUAACUGACCAGAGCCACUGCCCUUGCUGGCUGCUGGGAGCUGCCUUCUCAUCAGCUCGUUCUGCCUCACCCUUCCUCCUUACCUGCCUGCUGCCCCCCCAUUCCCGCCUGAUCUACACCGGCCCCUGCCUUGCCAGCCCGGGUGGGCACGCUGCGGGGCCGGGGCUUGGGCUGUGGCGCUUGGCUUUGCCUGUAGUCUCAAGUGGCCCAAAGCUUAUACUUGUCCCCUUUCGGACCUCUCCAGGUCGCUGCCUCCUUCCCAGACCUAAGUCCCUUGCGGGAAGCAGUCCCUCCACUCGCCUGCUGACACUGGAGGAAGCCCAGGCACGCACCCAGGGCCGUCUUGGAACGCCUACUGAGCCCACAACUCCCAAGACCCCAGCCUCACCAGUGGAAAGAAGGAAAAGAGAGAGAGCAGAGAAACAACGGAAGCCAGGGGGUAGCAGUUGGAAGACAUUCUUUGCUCUGGGGCGGGGCCCCAGCAUACCCCGGAAGAAGCCCCUGCCCUGGCUGGGCGGCAGCCGGGCUGCACCACAGCCUACAGGUAGCAGACCUGACACUGUCACACUGAGAUCUGCCAAAAGUGAGGAGUCUCUGUCAUCGCAGGCCAGCGGGGCUGGCCUCCAGAGGCUGCACCGGCUGCGACGACCUCAUUCCAGUAGUGAUGCUUUCCCUGUGGGCCCAGCACCUGCUGGCUCAUGUGAGAGCCUGUCCUCUUCUUCCUCGUCAUCUUCAUCUUCGUCCUCCUCCUCAGAGUCCUCAGCAGCUGGCCUGGGGCCACUCUCUGGGUCCCCCUCACACCGCACAUCAGCCUGGCUAGAUGAUGGCGAUGAGCUGGAUUUCAGUCCUCCCCGCUGUCUGGAAGGGCUCCGGGGACUCGACUUUGAUCCCCUUACCUUUCGCUGCAGCAGCCCUACCCCAGGGGACCCUGCACCUCCUGCCAGCCCAGCACCUCCAGCCUCUGCCUCUGCCUUCCCACCUCGGGCAACCCCACAAGCCCUGUCACCCCAUGGACCCACCAACCCUGCUUCGCCCACUGCCCUGGACAUCUCAGAGCCACUGGCUGUAUCAGUGCCACCUGCUGUCCUGGAAUUGCUGGGGGCUGGAGGAACACCUGCCUCAGUCACCCCAACACCAGCUCUGAGCCCUAACCCAGGCCUGCGCCCCCAUCUCAUCCCUCUGCUGCUGCGUGGAGCUGAGGCCCAGCUAAGUGACACUUGUCAGCAGGAGAUCAGCAGUAAGCUAGCACCAGCAGGUCCCCGGGGAGCUCCAGGCCAGUACAGUCCUGGCAUGGAUUCACCAUUAUUGCCCCCACCCUUGUCUCUACUGCGCCCUGGUGGGGCUCCACCCCCACCCCCCAAGAACCCAGCUCGUCUCAUGGCCCUGGCUUUGGCUGAGAGGGCUCAGCAGGUGGCAGAGCAACAGAGCCAACAAGAGCAGGGGGGCACCCCACCUGCUCCCCACUCCCCUUUUCGUCGCUCACUAUCCCUAGAGGUGGGUGGGGAGCCUUUGGGGACUUCAGGGAGUGGACUACACCCUCCCUCCUUAGCCCACCCAGAUGCCUGGGCUCCAGGUCCUCCACCUUACCUCCCAAGACAACAAAGUGAUGGGAGCCUGAUGAGAAGCCAGCGGCCCUUGGGGACCUCAAGGAGGGGUCCCAGAGGCCCUUCCCAUGUCAGUGCCCAGAUUAGGGCAGGUGGGGCUUACAGGGAUGCCCCAGAGAUGACAGCCCAGUCCCCAUGUUCUGUCCCUUCACAGGGUUCUAACCCCAGUUUCUUCUCAGCCCCCCGGGAGUGUCUGCCACCUUUCCUUGGGAUCCCCAAACAAGGCUUGUACUCCCUGGGUCCCCCAUCAUUCCCACCCAGCUCCCCGGCCCCAGUCUGGAGGAACUCUCUGGGUGCUUCCUCAGCACUUGACAGGGGAGACAAUCUGUACUACGAGAUCGGGGCAGGGGAGGGGACCUCCUACUCUGGCCCCAGCCAGCCCUGGAGUCCAUUUCGCUCCAUGCCUCCCGACAGGCUCAAUGCCUCAUAUGGCAUGCUUGGCCAGUCACCACCACUCCACAGGUCCCCUGACUUCCUGCUCAGCUACCCACCGCCUCCCUCCUGCUUUCCACCUGACCAUCUUAGCCACUCAGUCUCUCAGCACAUUGUCCGGCGCCCUACCCGGCCUGAGCCCCUCUAUGUCAACCUAGCCCUAGGGCCCAGGGGCUCAUCACCUGCCUCUUCCUCCUCCUCCUCUCCUCCUGCCCACCCCCGAAGCCGGUCAGAUCCUGGGCCCCCUGUUCCCCGCCUCCCCCAGAAGCAGCGGGCUCCUUGGGGUCCCCGUACCCCACAUCGGGUACCUGGACCUUGGGGCUCCCCUGAGCCUCUCCUGCUCUAUAGGGCAGCUCCACCAGCCUAUGGGAGGGGAGGCGAACUUCGAGGAUCCUUGUACAGAAAUGGAGGACAUAGAGGAGAGGGGGCUGGUCCCCCUCCUCCUUAUCCCACUCCCAGCUGGUCCCUACAUUCCGAAGGACAGACCAGAAGUUACUGCUGAGCUAGGGCCAAGAAAGGACCCUCCCCACAUUGGAUCUUGGUCCAAGUCAAUCCUUUGUUUUGUAUUUUCUUGAGCCCGCUACCCCACUCCAGGUUUCUAACUUUGUAACUUGCUCUGAUGUGGGUCCCUAACCCAAAAUCAUCAUGUCCGUACCCUGAGUUGCAGGGUGUGACCUCCCCCACCUCCCUCCUGGGGCCCUUGCACAAAUUGGGAGUGGUGGAACAUGGCUGAUACCCUGUCCUCCUCCUCCCUCCAGGAGCCUCCAGCCCUUGCUGCUCUGUGCACAGGGUGGGGAGACAGUCCCUGCCCACCUCUCCCUACGCACCCCACUAAACCACCUGACAACAUUAAUAAAUAAAAAUGGCAAAAAUUUGA